GUUUAAAGAUGGCGGACAGCAACAUCAGAGUCGGUGAAUGAAGCGUGUUUUGGUGUAAAUCAGACGGAUUAUCUGCAGCUGCGGGGACAGAAAGACUUCUGAUGCACAGAUAGAAACCACACAGACUGCGAAACGUGUGACCAUGAGCAGCCGCAGAAAGAGGGCCCCCCCCGUGAGGGUGGACGAGGACUCCAAGAAGAAGCUGAACUGGAACAUGCUGGACGACCGCAGGAUGGAGGAGCAGGAGGAGACCCCCACCUGCUCCAUCCUGCCUGUCCAGCCUCCUCCCUGCACAGACUCUGUCUCCCCCCUCGAGCAGGACGUCCCGGAGGCUUCCUGCUGCUUCACAGAGGAGCCCCCCGGCACGUCGUCAGACAGCACGUCUGCCUCACUCGCCCUCACCGUGCUGCCCGCUCUGACGCCGGCCCACAGCUGGGGGGCGCUCAUCGGGGAGUUCAGCGUGUGUCCGUCUUGGAUGCCGUCCGACUGCGAGCGGAGAGCUCUGGUGUUGCACAGGGUGGGGGAGCAGCUCUGCCUCGGCUACAGCGGCACUGAGGAGAGCUCUGGGCUGCGGGGGCCGGACCAGGACACGUGCACAGCUGAGUGCAGCCUCGCUGGGAUCCUGCUGGAGGAGCUCGACUGGAUGCAGAAGAGGAGGGUGUUGCAGCUCCGCCACCAGCAGGACGGCAGUGCAGUCAAGGUGGGGGUUUACGUGCUGCAGACCGGGCUGGGGAAGCCCGAGCUCCUCAGCGAGGGAAGCGCUCGGAUGAAGAAGGCCAAUCAGCUGAUGCAGAAGUUGAUGGAGUAUUUCUACGACUUCAUUAUCCCCGAAGUCGUAGAGAGCGGGGAGGAGGAGUGCGACACCGACCUGGAGAGGCAGAACGUGGAGGAGCUCUACGAUUACGUCCGACAUCUGCACCAGAGAGAGAGACGCGAGGAAACCUGCGACCUCCAGCACGAAGCGCUCGUUCCUGUGCUCAGGCCGUACCAAAGCCAGGCCGUCAACUGGAUGCUGCAGAGAGAGAAGUGCAGGAAGAGCUCCACUCCAGAACAAAGUCUGCAUUUCCUCUGGAGGGAGCUGAUCACUCUGUGUGGAAAGAAGUUGUUCUACAACCCGUUCACCGGCUGCCUGGUCGCAGAGUUCCCCCCGGCGGGCGUGGCAUGGCCCGGGGGGAUCCUGGCGGAUGAGAUGGGUCUGGGGAAGACGGUGGAGGUUCUGGCUCUCAUCCUGUUCCACAGCCGGCAGGACCUGCAGCAGGAGACGCUCUGCCUGCCGGAGGGAAAGUCAGUGAACUACUUUGUCCCUCUUCCUCCUCUGGAGACGCAGGAAGUGAUCCAGCUGAAGUGUGAAGCUCAGCCUCGAGGCAGAACCUCGAACCCAGCCGUGCGCGUCAUGCUGCUCACUGCGAUCAAGGAGAUGAGAUCCGGUAAAGGAGCCUCCGUCAACGCCGUCUUCACCUACAUCCGCGCCACUUACGGCUACGACCUCCUGAGAAACCGCGGCCACACGAAGAAGACGCUGGUGAAGCUGAUCGACGAAGGCCUGGUGGACCGGGUCAAAGGUCGCGGCCUGGCCGGGUCCUUUAAACUGGGGAAGAAGUACAAAGAGACGAAGAAGACGUCAGCAGCAGCUUCCACAGCUAACUCCAGAAACACAGAGAGCACGCCCAGGAAGAUGUUCCAGAGACGAGCCAAAGACAAAGCAGAAGCAGCUCUGAACAUCUGUCUGAGAGACGAGCAGAGAGACGAGCAGAGAGACGGGCAGAGAGACGAGCAGAGAGACGGGCAGAGAGACGGAGACGAGCAGAAAGAGGGGCAGAGAGACGAGCAGAGAGACGGGCAGAACUCUGCUGCACCGGGCCGUGCAGCGCCCGAGGAGACAGACACGAAGAAGGAAAGUGAGGAUCAGGCAGAAGACAAACCAACACUACCUGCAGCUCCUCAGCUGGACCCCCUCCCCCCCAGAGCGUCCUCUGUUCCCUUCAGCUCGCCGGACUUCCACUUCGAGUGCAUCUGUGGGGAGCUGGGCCUCGUGGACUACAAGGCUCGCGUGCAGUGCAUGAAGUGCGAGCUGUGGCAGCACGCGGCCUGUGUGAACUACAGGGAGGAGAGCGUGGAGACGACGCCCUUCUACUGCCCGCACUGCCUGGUGGCCAUGAAGCCCGUCUGCACCGGGGCCACGCUCAUCAUCUCCCCCAGCUCCAUCUGCCACCAGUGGGUGGAGGAGAUCAACCGGCACAUCCGCUGCUCCUCACUGCGCGUACUGGUGUACCAGGGCGUGAAGAAGCACGGCUUCAUGCAGCCUCACAUGCUCGCUGAGCAGGACGUGGUCAUCACCACCUACGACGUGCUGCGCUCGGAGCUCAACUACGUGGACAUCCCUCACAGCAACAGCCGCGACGGACGCCGCUUCCGCAACCAGAAGCGCUACAUGGCUGUCCCCAGCCCCCUAGUGGCCGUGGAGUGGUGGCGCGUCUGUCUGGACGAGGCGCAGAUGGUCGAGUGUCCCACCGCCAAGGCUGCAGAGAUGGCUCUACGCCUCCCGUCUGUGAACCGCUGGUGUGUGAGCGGCACUCCUGUGCAGCGAGGCUUAGAAGAUCUGUAUGGCCUCGUGCUUUUCCUGGGAGUCGAUCCGUACUGGGUGAAGCACUGGUGGCUGCAGCUGCUUUAUCGACCGUAUCGCCGAGGAAACACGGAGCCGCUGUACAACGUCAUCGCUGCCUUACUGUGGCGGUCAGCGAAGAAAGACGUCAUCGAUCAGAUUCAGAUUCCCCCCCAGACAGAGGAGGUGCACUGGCUGCACUUCUCCCCCGUCGAGGGUCAUUUCUACCACCGUCAGCACGACGUCUGCUCCCAGGACGCUCUGGUGAAGCUCAGGAAGAUCUCCGACUGGAGCCUGAAGCUCGGCAGCCUGGACCGACGCACCGUGCACACCAUCCUGGGCCCGCUGCUGAGGCUGCGGCAGGCCUGCUGCCACCCCCAGGCUGUGAGGGGGGAGUUCCUGCCGCUGCAGAAAAGCACCAUGACGAUGGAGGAGCUCCUGAAAUCCCUGCAGAAGAAAUGUCGAGUGGAGUGUGAAGAAGCUCACAGACAGUUAGUGUGUGCAUUCAACGGGCUGGCUGGACUCCACAUCAUCAGAGGGCAGUUUGGAGACGCAACAGAGAUGUAUAGAGAAGUGCUGCGUUCAUCAGAGGAGCACAAAGGCAGACUGAAAACUGACUCAUUACAGAGACUUCAUGCGACCCACAAUUUGAUGGAACUGCUGAGCGCAAAGCAUCCUGGGAUACCUCCCACGCUGAGAGACGACCGACUAAGUGAGGAGGCGGAGCAGCUGCGUCAGCACUACAUGACUAAAUACGACUCUGAGGUCGCAGACGCUCUUCAGGCUCUGCAGCCGGUUCUGCAGAACAUCAAGGAGCUGAAACGCAAAGUGAAGCUGAACGCUCCCUGGUGGCUGGACGUCAUCGAGAGGUCGAUCCGCAGCUCCAGCGCCGACGAGCUGGUGUCCCGCAUCAAGAACGAGCUGACGUCCAGCUACAAGCAGCAGGCCAACAAGCUCAGCAUGGCAGACAAGUUCCGUGACGCCUGCGGCCUGAAGUUCAUACUCAGCACGCAGAUGAAGGAUCUGAUGAAGGCCCAGAAGACGGUGCAGGACGCGGUGAGGAGCCUCGAAGGCCCGGCGUCAAAGAAAGUUAUCGACGAGGUCACCAUCUGUCACCUCAGGCCCACGAGGCUGCCGCUCAAUAAUUGUGUUUUCUGCAAAGCCGACGCCCUUUUCAUCGACUACGAGUCCAAGCUGUUCUCUCACACGGUGAAGGGUCAGACGGCCAUCUUUGAGGAAAUGAUCGAAGAUGAAGACGGGCUGAUGGACGACCGUCUGCCCACCACCAGCAGAGGUCUGUGGGCGGCCAGCGAGACGGAGCGCUCCCUGAAGGCCGUGCUGGCUUUCGCCCGAGUGAAGCGCAUGGAGGCGGAGCUGCUGGAAGAGGGCACCACCUUCAUGGAGCUGUUUGAGAACUGGAAGAAGGAGUACAAGGUGCUGCACGAGUACUGGAUGGUGCUGAGGAACCACGUGUCGGCCAUCGAUGAGCUCGGCAUGGCCACCGAGAGGCUCCGCGUGCGUCUGCCCGAUGAAGCGAAGCCCAAACUGCUGCACAUCAUCGAGCCGCACGAGGUGGAGCAGAACAGAGUGAAGCUUCUGAACGAUCAGGCCGUCGCCAAGUCUCAGCUCCAGAAGAAGCUCGGACAGUUUCUGUACCUGACGAACCUGGAGAAGUCACAGGAUAAAUCUACUGGAGGACUGAACCCAGAGCCGUGUCCCAUCUGUGCACGACCCCUGGGGCAGGAGUGGGCAGUGCUGACCUGUGGCCACUGCUUCUGCAACGAGUGCAUCGCCAUCAUUGUGGAGCAGUACAGCGUGGGCUCCAGGCGGCGUGCCAUCAUGUGUGCCAUCUGUCGGCAGACCACGUCCCACGCUGAGAUCUCCUACGUGUUCACCACCGUGUCGUCAGACCAGGACCAGGACGUACCUGUGCAGGGAAGCCACUCGACCAAAGUGGAGGCAGUGGUGAGAACGCUGAAGAAGAUCCAGAUGAGCGACCCCGGGGCCAAGUGUCUCGUCUUCUCCACGUGGCUGUGUGUGCUGGACAUCAUCUCUAAGGCCCUGUUCGACAACAACAUGGAGUUCUCUCAAAUCAACGGGAUUCACAAAUUCCAGGAGAACCUGUGCUCCUUCAAAUACGAAGAAAAGAUCAACAUCCUGCUGCUUCCUCUCCACACCGGCUCCAACGGUCUGAACAUCAUCGAGGCGACUCACGUAUUGCUGGUGGAGCCGAUCCUGAACCCUGCGCACGAACUGCAGGCCAUCGGCAGAGUGCAUCGCAUCGGCCAGACCAAGCCAACUUUUGUUCACAGAUUCCUCAUCAAAUCCACCAUUGAAGAGAGAAUGCAGGCGAUGAUGAAGACAGCAGAGAAAAGUCACAGCAGCACCAUGAAGCACUCGGAGGCGGCCGUGCUGACCGUGGCCGACCUGGCUGACCUUUUUACUGAGGACACAGAACACCUGGAGUCAAUGUGAACACCUGGACUCAGACCUGCUGCACAACGGACUCUUCACACAGUGCUGCUCACAGAAGUUCUCGGAUUUUGAACAUUCAACUUCUUUUUUAAAUAAAAACAUUCCCAGAAUGAUGUUCCAUCAGAUCAGCACGUCUGAGCGGUAAUGUUUCAUCACUAACUUGCUGUUCAAGAUGGAUGCUCACACUUGACUGUACAGUAUUGUUGCUUGUGUUGUUCUCAUAUGAAUUAUAUGUGUUUUAUAUAUUAGGGCUGCAACUAACAAAGAUCUUUAAUAUGGAUUCAUCUGCAGAUUACUUUCUCCAUCAAUGGUUUGGUCUAUUAAAGGUCAGAUAAUAGUGAGUCGGUCCUGAUGUCUUUAAAUGUCUGAAGAUAUUCACUUUAAUAUGAAACAGAAAACAGACGUUUGAGAGUUUUGCAUGAAAUGACCUCAUGGAUUAAUAUCUUUGUCUCUUUGUUGCAGCUCUAUUAUACAGGUUCACUGUGAAUCCCACGAGGUGCUCUCACCUCUCAGUAAAUGAACGUGCUCUUUG